AUGGCAACAGUGGGAAAGAAGUUGUGCUCAAAGAUCCUCCUACCUCUGACGGAUCCAAGCCAGCGAAACAGUGAGCAGGGCUUCCUCCCACAUCGAGAGGAGGAGCCACUUCAUACAUCAGAUUAUUGCAGUGAGGUGGACACCAAGGAGGGUUCAGGUGACCUCCAGACUGCAGGGGCCGUGGUCACUCCUGGUGUGCACUGGUCCCAGCAGCAGGGAUGUGACCCUGCAGCGUGGCUGAACUCUGAGCUGCUGCCACAGCCAACCAUCGAGAACCUGAGCAAAUGGGCCAUCUCCAAGGAGCCCCAGCUGGCCAGCAGCCGUGUGAGGGUCUGCAAGGACCAGUGGGAGGCAGAAGAUGUUGCUGACAACAUGCUGGAGAUGGAGUUCAUGCAGGAACAGGUGUACAUGUGUGAAGAACACUGUGCAGAACUUGAGGAGAUUGAAGAUCUAACCAGACUGGAGGAAGUCUGUGAGAGCUCAGUCCUGCUGUGCCUGAAGAAGAGGUUCCACUGCAAUCUCAUUUAUACUUACAUUGGGCAAAUUUUGAUUUCUGUGAAUCCUUUCAAAGACCUCAGUAUCUACUCUGAAGAUGUGGCUACAGAGUACCAGCAAGGGACUCUCUCAAAAAAUGCCCCUGGGCAGAGUGGAUCAGGGAAAACAGAAGCUGCCAAAGCCAUUGUGCAAUACCUGACCAUGCUGUACCAGGGAUCUGACAGCCACAGGAUCAGACAGCCCUGCAAUGUCCUACCCAUCCUGGAGAGCUUUGGAAAUGCAAGAACCAUCCUCAAUGACAACUCCAGCCGUUUUGGAAAGCUGCUGAACGUCCACCUGCGACAUGGCAUCGUGGUGGGAACAUCCAUCUCCCAGUACCUGCUGGAGAAGUCUCGUGUGGUGUUUCAGGCCCACGGUGAGAGGAACUACCACGUGUUUUACGAGCUGCUGGCAGGGCUGCCCAUGGAGCAGAAAGAGGAGAUGUAUUUGCAGGAGGCAGAGUCCUACUUUUACCUGAACCAGGGCAGAGCAUGUGACGUCCUGGGAAAGGAGGACAGUCAGGAUUUUCUGGUCUUGGUGCAAGCUCUGGAGGGAAUCAGCCUCUCAGAAGAUCAGCUGAGCUCCACCUGGGCUGUCCUGGCUGCCAUUCUGCAGCUGGGGAACAUCUGCUUUACCUCCUAUGAGAAAGAAUCCUUUGAACAUGCAGCCAUUGCCAGUGACACUGAGAUUCAGAUUGUGGCCAAUCUGUUGUGUGUCUCAGCAGAACCCCUGCAGAGUGCUGUCACUCACCGUGUCACUGUUACAUCUUAUGAUCGGAUCUUCUCCCCUCUGUCUGUGGAAGGAGCCAUUGAUGCCAGGGACUCCAUUGCCAAGGCUCUGUACUCCCUGCUCUUUGAGUGGCUGCUGCUGAGGAUCAAUGAGUGGUUGGCUCCCUGGGAGUCUGACUGUGCCUUGGGCAUCGUGGACAUCCAUGGCUUUGAGGAUCUGGGGGUGAACAGCUUAGAGCAGCUCUGCAUCAACUUUGCCAAUGAGCACCUCCAGUGGUUCUUCAGCCAGACUGUCAUUGCCCAGGAAGAGGAGGAAUACAGCCAGGAGCAGUUAGCUUGGAUUCCUAUUUCCAAGAUGUACAGUGAGUCCUGCCUGGAUUUCCUUAUUGCAAAGCCUCAUGGCAUCCUGUGCAUCCUGGAUGACCAGACAUCCCUGACCCAGGCCACAGACCACACUUUCCUCCAGAAGUGUCAUUACCACCAUGGGAACAGCCCUUGGUACACCAAGCCUAAGCUGCCUUUGCCAGAGUUCACUGUGCAGCACUACGCUGGCCCUGUCACCUACCAGGUGAGCUGGCAGGGGCUCGGAGGAGCUGAACAAAUAACCCAUCCUGGGGACAAGCUGUGGGUGUCCUGAGGGACCAGCUCAGUGAUCAAAACUUUCCCCUUGUGAUGGCACAUCCCUCUAGAGCAUCAGAUUAUCAGAAGAAAGGAGAAGAGAGCCAACUAAACUGCCUCUGGGCAGAAGCGAAAUAGGAAUUGCCCUGAGUGAUG